CUGCCUUAUAUAACGACAGCCGUUUGUUCGUCUUGUAGAUUCUUUUCCGUAGCAUUGUCCAUCAUCUUUAAUCUUAAUUCGCCCCAUUUACGUGUUUUUCAUCAAGUGCUACUGUGUCUGAUAAGACUCAAGUUUCUUCUUCUUACAGAGUAUUCCGACUUAUCCACCCGCUGACUACGUUUGAUAACAACCACCUCAACUCUUCACACACCCCACAACCACAACCUCCAUCACAAUGCAUAUCAUCCUGACAGGCGCCACUGGCUUGGUGGGCAGCUCCGUCCUGGACGCCAUGAUCAAGGCCAAAGACAUUACCAAAAUCUCCAUUCUCAGCCGCAAGCCCAUACGCAUGGUUGAGGACGCCAAAGAUCCCCGAAUCAACGUCAUCCUCCACCAGGACUUUGAGAAGUACGACUCAAAGGUGCUAGAACAACUUCAAGGCGCAAAAGCUUGCGUCUGGGCCCUCGGUAUCAGCCAGACCAAAGUCAAUGCCCAAGAAUACGUCAAAAUCACCAAGGACUACACCCUCGCCGCUGCAAAGUCCUUUUCUACGCUCACAACCUCACCAUCAGAACCGUUCCGCUUCAUCUAUGUAUCGGGUGAAGGCGCUACGCAGAAGCCGGGCCGCUUCUCUGCCAUUUUUGCUCGGGUCAAGGGAGAAACGGAGACGGAGCUGGGUAAUUUGACGGCUUCGAAUCCGACGAGCAUCCAAGCGGAUUCAGUGCGACCAGCUUUCGUGGAUCCAAGGGAGCACAAGGCUAUUCUGCCAUAUAUUCCGGACCCAGGAGCGCUGUACAAGGUUAGCGUUGCGGCGCUGUCGCCCUUUAUCGGCUUGAUGAAGGGGAUGCAUUCGCCGACGGAACACCUGGGAGACUUCUUGACCAGGAUGGCCAUGGGGAAAGUGGAUUCGCAGCUGGAGGGGCCGGGAGCAUUUAAACUGGGCGGCUCGUGGGUUAUCGAGAAUGUUGGUUUCAGGAGGAUCAUGGGAUUGUCGGGGUAAGAAUUUGAAAUCUGGAGAAGGCGCACAAUCGGAGAACGUUGGAUGUCGCUGGCAACUCACACCCUUUGGGGAUAUAUACCUAUGGAGAGCAGUGGCCUUUGUAUUUUUAGCUAUUCACUUUGUCGGAACAGGAUCUAGGAUUAAGCUUAUUUAUUUAGUCUAUACCAUUACCACCAUGCAUAUCGUUUCCAC